AUGGCUACCGAAGACGUCAACAAGCAAACUCCCGAGGAGUUCUUCCAGAGCAUCGGCGACAAGGUCAAGAACCUUGCGCCUGCUGCUGCUGAAGCCCAGAAUGCCGACGAUGAGCGCGCUGUUGAAGAGAUCGAGUCUCUUUGCAUGAACUGCGGCGAGAACGGUGUCACCCGACUUCUUCUUACUGCGAUCCCCUACUUUCGCGAAGUCGUUAUCAUGUCCUUCUCCUGCGAGCACUGCAAUGUUCAGAACAACGAGAUCCAGGCGGCCGGAACCGUUCAACCCAAGGGAACCCACUACGAGCUGCGCCUGACAAACCUCGCCGACUUUUCGCGACAGGUUGUCAAGUCCGAUACCUCUACCGUCAAGUUUAUUGAGCUUGACCUUGAGAUUCCUGCUGGUCGCGGCCAGUUGACAAAUGUUGAGGGUCUUUUGACCACUGUCAUUGAUGAUCUUGAGAUGGGACAGGAGGCACGAAAGGAGCAGGCUCCUGAGGUCUAUGUCAAGAUUGCCGAGAUCAUCGCCAAGGGUCGCGCCAUGUUGAUGGGUGAUUCAUUCCCCUUCCGUGUCUGGGUUGACGACCCUGCUGGAAACUCAUUCAUCGCUCCUGAUCUCAAGGACGGUGUUGGCAAGUGGGAGAAGCACGAGUAUGCCCGGACUGCUGAGCAAAACGCUGCUCUUGGCAUCUCUGACACCGACGCCAACGCUCAGCAAGCGCAGAACCCUGGUUUGACUGCUGAGGGAGAGAUCAUACCCAAUGAGGUCUACAGCUUCCCUGCUACAUGUCCUGGCUGCAUGCGUCCCUGCACCACUCACAUGAAGAUGGUCGAUAUUCCUCACUUUAAGCAGGUUGUCCUCAUGUCUACUGUCUGUGACGACUGUGGCUACCGCUCCAAUGAUGUCAAGACUGGUGGUGAGAUUCCUGAGCUGGGUGAGAAGAUCACCCUCAAAGUCGAGGACAGCACCGACUUGGCCCGUGAUAUUCUCAAGAGCGAGACUUGUGGUUUGGAGUGCCCUGAGCUCAAACUUCAGGUCAACCCCGGUACUCUCGGUGGUCGCUUCACCACUGUUGAAGGCCUUUUGACCCAGGUCCGUGGUGAUCUUCACUCUCAGAUCUUCGAGGCCAACGGCCCUGGCCAAGGUGGUGACUCUCUUGCCACUGAUGAGAAGAGCCAAUGGGAUGUAUUCUUUGAGGGUCUUGAUGCCGCUAUCCGAGGCGACAAGCCUUUCACAGUCAUCCUCACCGAUCCUUUCGCGAGCAGUUAUGUUCAGCCUCUUGUUGACCCUCCUGCUCCUGACCCCAAGAUUCAGCGUGAGAGCUAUACCCGUACAGAUGAGGAAGAGGAGGAGCUUGGCCUUAAGGAUAUGAAGUUGGAGAAUUACGGAGAGGACGAGGAGAAGAAGGACGGCGAGGAGAAGACCGAGGCUGCUGCUGAAUCAUAG